GCUGUCACUGCACAGCUUGUCAUCCAGCCAGUCAUUAACAUUUUGUGCAGUGUUUGAUCAACAGAGAACAACAAAAAACUGAAUUCCGCUUCAUAAAAGUUAUGUUUUUCUUGUGAUUGUGGCUGCUUUUUUGGUGAUAAAAGUGCGCGAUUACAGUGGAGUACGAGCCCGCUUAUUGAAGUCUGCCUGCUAAUGAUGGCCUCAUCAAACGAUUCUGCCAAGCUAGAGAAGCACCUGAAGCUGCUCAAAGAAGAGUACACUAAGCUGCAGAAGAACUAUGCGGAACUGGAACGCAAGUACAGCAAAGCGGCCCGCCUCCAGCGAUGACCACGACCUGGGCGAAUUCAGCAGCUUCGUGUCCCGCCUCGUGAUGACCGUUGCCACCCUGUACGGACGGAAGACCUACUCGGACAUAACGGUCAAGCUGAAGACAAAACCAUGCCGGCGCAUAAGUUUGUGCUGAACGCCCGCAGUGAAGAGUGGCGCGAAGAAGUUAUAGCGGACAAAACUGAACUGGACUGGUCCGACUUGGACGCCGACGUUGGCUUUGCGCUCCUUCGUUGGAUCUACACCGACGUUGUAGACCUCCAGCACGACUCGCUCGCCCUAGACCUACUGAAAACGUCCCCACCGUUUCAAGCUGCCCGGACUGAUGGGCCUCUGCGAGCGUGCGCUGGUGUCUUCGGUUUCGGUGCGGUCUUGCGUCCGGUUCUACUGUGUCGCGGAAGAUGUGGGAGCCUCCAAUCUGCUGGAGUACUGUUCGGGUUGAUCUCCACCCACUGGGACGACCUGACGCCGCAAGAUUUCGAGCACAUGUCCGGUCCGUUGCUGUACAAAAUGCUGAAAAGUAAAACCAAACAUCCUCUGCAUGCUGCUGUUCGAUUGCUGCGCGAGGACGUGGUAUUCCUAUGCCUGGUGGAGAACGACGGCACGCUUACCGAAAUUGUGAACAGUUUAUCGCCUCAGGGUCAACUGCCGCUAGGUCUAGCUCUUAUGGGUCGCAGCACGGGAAUCGCUCAGACUUUACUGGAAACAGGUGGAGCGGACAUUAAUGCCUUCACUUCAGAGGGCUGCACCCUGUUGAUCGAUGCCAUCAAACGAGGUGACGGAUUCACCGCACAAUUCCUCCUGGACAAGGGUUGCAACAUCGAUCUGGUCACUCGGGAUACCUCGGAUACGGCACUGCAUCUGGUGAGCACCUACGCCGAAAAGUGUACCGAUCCCGAAACUUUCCGGGACAUGUUGAGUGUAGCAAGACAAUUGCUCAAACGCCGAGCUGAUCCCAACGUUCAAAACAUCAGAGGAUACACCCCGCUGCACAUUGCAAUCACCUCCCAGCACAUGGAUAUGAUCGAUGAAUUGCUGAGCGAUGAUGUGCUAAACUUGGAUACCAACAUCCGCACGCUGGACGAAAAAUGUGCCUUGCAGUUUGCUCUUAUGCCGCCCCAUACCGAUGGACCGCCUUUCGAUUUAGCCAGACUGCUGCUGCACAAAGGAGCCCGACCCAAUCCAAUCAACUCCGACACCGGUGAUAGCCUUAUUCACACUUUGGCCCAGAGUAGACUAGAAGAGGCGGCAGUAUUUCUGGCGGAAUUUGCCAAUUUGAAUCAUGUGAAUAAGGCUGGUUUGACACCGCUCCAUGUGGCAGCCUCGCAAGGACUAUCGAACUUGACACGUGCUCUGCUGGAGAAGGGAGCAUCGCCUAAUAUGCAAUCCGUAGUGGCCGAUCUUAAAUCACCUCUACAUUAUGCAGUGGAAGCCAAUAGCGCUGAAGUUAUCAAAGCGUUUAUUGAACAUGUUCAAUCUGCAGAUGAUAUGGCAGAGAAGGUAGACUUUAAUUUGAAGAAUGCCUUUGGCGAUUCACCGUUUAGUUUAGCGCUCUCGAUGGGAUAUAAUGAGCUGGUUCCUCUGUUAAUAAAAGGUGGUGCAGAUGUUAACGCCCGCAAUGGACAAGAUAUGACUCUACUGCAUCAGGCGAUUCUUAAGGAAGAUUCGAAGACAGCAGUGUUCUUACUAAACCAUGGAGCUGACAUGAAUGCUUUGACUGCAGAUCAAGAAUCGCCACUUCAACUAGCCAUUCAUUGUCGAUUGCCAGAUGUGGUGGACGCUCUGUGUACUCGUGGGGUAUCGUUUAGCGCGCCAGACAACAAAGGCGAUUGUCCUUUAUGGUCUGCACUGGAAUCGGAGCAAUUCGAAAUUGCAUCGGUGUUGGUUAGACAUGGGGUCGAUACCGAUUGCUGGGGUCCUGGGCCGGAAGGAUGUCUUCAAACGCUGCUACAUCGUGCCAUUGACGAGAACAAGGAAGUCGCCGCCCAGUUCUUGAUCAGAAGUGGUUGCGAUCUGGAUUCCCCUCGACAACCUGGUCCACAAGGGCAAGGAGGCGAAGAAGCUAAAGAUAAGGCUUCACCACUGCAUUUGUGUUGCCAGUGGGGUCUACGAAACGUACUCCACACAUUGAUCGACCAUGGAGCGAAUGUCAAUGCCGUCGAUUGUGAUCUGAAAACUCCGUUACACGUGGCAAUCGAGAACCAACAUGAGGAAAUCAUUGGUAUUCUCCUGUGUCAUCCUGGAAUUGACCUGAAAAUCCGCGACAAAACUGGCAACACACCGUUUGCAGCGGCCUUGCAAGUGAGAAACAAUAAGGCCGCACAAAAUAUCCUGGAAAGACUGCCGAACGCUGCAGAGCAGAUGGACCAAAGAGGCCGAAAUUUUCUCCAUUUGGCUAUCAUGAGGGACGACCUGGAGUCAGUCCUGUUUCUACUAUCAAUCCACGUGGAUGUGAACUCCCGCGUUCAUGACGUCAAUCAAACACCUCCUCUCCACCUAGCGGCUGGAUCCGAAAACGAAAUGCUUAUUAGAAAUCUCAUUCUGGCAGGUGCUCGUCUCAACGAUCGGGACGCUACCCAGAAAACAGCAUUGCACGUAGCUGCGGAACGUGGCACCAUUGGAGCCGUUUCAGCGCUGCUUCAAAACGGUGCCGAUUUCGACGCCGUCGAUGGCGAUGGCAACAAUGCCCUUCACAUUGCCGUCCGAGAAGGCCACAUCGCUGUGGUCCGUGAACUGCUGACCGAGUCCGAACUGAAUGCCGAAGUAGUCAACAUGAAGGGCAGAAAUCCUCUGCAUGAGCUCUGCCGUUGCGGUAAGGAUAACACCGCCGCUGGAAUUCUUGAGCUAUUCCUGGAGUGUAUGCCGAAGUAUCCGAUCAAUACAACCGAUCUGCAAGGGAACACACCGCUGUUACUUGCGUACAUGCGUGGUCAGGCCCAACUUUGCCGGAUCCUUGUGAAAAACGGCGCCUGUCUGGGGGCGGAGAACAAGGAAGGUCUGACGAUUUUCAACUUCAAGCUUGCUACCAAUCAGCUAUUGCAUCGGUUGCUGGACGAGCUUCCGCAAGAAUCUCCAUGGGCAUCAUCCGAGGUGUGUCAGGAGUGUGGCACCAAGUUUACCAUCACGAUGCGGAAACACCAUUGCCGUCACUGUGGCCGGAUCCUGUGCAGCCGCUGUUCCAACAACGAUGUUCCGAUUAUCAAGUUCGGAAUCAACAAGCCGGUCCGGGUGUGCUGCGUUUGCUUCGAGGUGCUGCAGGUCGGAAGCGGAGCGUAAGUUUCCUUUUUUUGCGUUUUAAAACUUUUGUUGUUUUUUACAAAUUUACGUUGUAACGAAAUCGACGGGAGAUGAAAGCUUGAAAGAAUGCGAUUAAUUUUAAUGUUUUGUAGCAUCUAUUGAUUGACCUACUGUAAAAUUUGUUGCAAAGCAUUAUGUGCUGAUUGGCUGCAGGCAAAGAUGAAAUUUCUGCAUUAUUUUGACUGCAGCUACGUACAUCAUAAUCGUACCCGUUAAUUCCGGGUAUGGUAGUUUGUACGUACAUAUUAUGAUCACAUAUACAUAUACUCGAGUAUUUAUAAUUGUAAAACAAUUUUCAAACAUUCGCAUAUUAUAAAUAAAUGCAUCAAAAUAAAAA